CCGUGUGUGUGUGUGUAUACAUACAUCUGCCGCGAAAAUGUUUCCACCAUCGCUGGUUUGAGGCAUUUCUCCGCGGCCGACAUUUGUAUUUUGGUCGGUUUCUCCGAGAACCUUUCCCCGCGCGGGGGCUCAGCCUCCGGUCUCUCGUGGCGCGCGAGCACCGACGGGAACAUUUUUCAAAGAUUAUUUCGUCCUCAAUGUCAGUUGUUGCGUGACAGCUCGGGGGCCAGCGUUGCCAUUGAUAGAGGCUCGGACAUUCCUCCCGUUUAUUACACCGACGUGAAGCGCGCUACCUGUCGUCGGAGCGGGUGUCACGCGAGCGCAGCGGGACUGAAACGGAGUCAGUAGGUGCGUGAAGUCUCCGGGUUAAAUGGACAGUUGUCGGUUAGCAAGCUUAGUUAGCCUGCGAGCUAGCUGCACGGACUGCUCUCUUUUCGGCUGUGUGACGAACACCUGUGGCACCAAAAGGAGAGGUGUGGCUCACUCAUGAAGAUUUGUCAGUGCCUGGAAAGAUAGGAUCUAAAACAGCUAGUUUUGUCUAUAACGAGACAUUCCAGAUAGUUCGGUUGAUCACCAUGUUGUUCCCGUGGUCUGUUGCCCUCUCGUGACCCCCAAUGACCUCAGCGGCCGUUUGGACUUUUAGAGUCGGCUUUGACCCCAAACCCUUUCUACGACCCCUGAGAAAAGACUUAAACUGACCACGUGCAUAAGCUGCAUUGGGUUGAUCUUCCAAAUGCCUACCUCACGCCUAAAGAGCAAAUCACUGCAGCCACAGCCCUGAUCAACAGCCACCAUGACAUCAAGCAUAGGGGAUGAUUGUAGCAUCUUUGAUGGGUUGAUGGAAGAAGAUGAGAAGGACAAAGCAAAACGCGUGUCCCGAAACAAGUCUGAGAAGAAACGGAGAGACCAGUUCAAUGUCCUCAUCAAGGAACUCGGCACGAUGUUGCCGGGCAAUACCAGGAAGAUGGACAAGUCCACCAUCCUGCAGAAAAGCAUCGACUUCCUGUGUAAACACAAAGAGAUCGCAGCCCAGUCGGAGUCGAGUGAGAUCAGGCAGGACUGGAAGCCUCCAUUUCUUAGCAAUGAGGAGUUCACCCAGCUCAUGCUGGAGGCUCUGGAUGGGUUCUUUUUAGCAAUAAUGACUGAUGGGAACAUCCUCUACGUCUCCGAGAGUGUCACCUCACUACUUGAACACUUACCGACGGACCUGGUGGACCAGAACCUGUUAAACUUCCUGCCACUUGGGGAACACUCUGAGGUGUACAAGGCUCUGUCCACGCACCCCACCGACCACGAGAACCUUAGCUCCGACUACCUGAAGACUAAGAACCACAUGGAGUUCUGCUGCCAUAUGCUGCGAGGGACCAUUGACCCCAAGGAACCGCCUGUCUACGAAUAUGUCAAGUUUAUUGGCAACUUCAAGUCACUCAACAACGUUCCCAACGCGACGAGGAACGGUCUCGCAGGGGUGUUACAGCGGUCACUGCAACCGGCGUUCGACGACCAGGUGUGCUUCGUAGCCACUGUUCGGCUGACCAAACCUCAGUUCAUCAAGGAGAUGUGUACAGUGGAAGAGCCCAAUGAGGAAUUCACCUCUCGGCACAGUCUAGAGUGGAAGUUCCUCUUCUUAGACCAUAGAGCUCCACCAAUCAUAGGCUACCUGCCUUUCGAGGUUCUGGGAACAUCCGGGUACGACUAUUACCACGUGGACGACCUGGAGACGCUAGCCAAGUGUCACGAACACCUGAUGCAGUACGGUAAAGGGAAGUCUUGUUACUAUCGUUUCCUGACUAAAGGUCAACAGUGGAUCUGGCUUCAGACACACUACUACAUCACCUAUCACCAGUGGAACUCUCGGCCCGAGUUUAUUGUCUGUACACACACAGUAGUCAGCUAUGCAGAGGUGAGGGCGGAACAGCGCAGAGAGCUGGGCAUUGAGGAGUCUAACCCAGAAGUCACUGCGAAUAAGAUUCUGGACUCUGGCUCGGAGUCACAGCUCAACACGUCCAGCCUCAAGGAGGCCCUGGAGCGAUUUGACCGCAGCCGAACAGCCUCAACCUCCUCACGCAGUUCCCACAAGUCCUCAUCGCAUGUCUCUGACAACACGUGCACUUCCUCCAAGCUACACAUGGACACGGCCACACCUCCUCCGCAGUCCCUGGCCUCCACCAUGGAGGUGACAUCACAGCGUCGCUCAUCCAUCAGCAGCCAGUCUAUGAGCUCUCAGACCACAGGACAGAGUGUAACUCCAGGUUUGAUCACUCAUCAGCAACAGCAACUACAGCAGCAACAACAACAACAACAGCAGCAACAACAGCAGCAACAACAACAGCAGCAACAACAACAGCAACAACAACAACAGCAACCACAGCAGCAGCUACAGACAAACGUACAGCCGGUGAUGGAGUUCUCGGCGCAGGUGAAUGCCAUGCAGCAUCUGAAGGAUCAGCUGGAACAGAGGACAAGACUGAUCCAAGCCAACAUCCAGCGGCAGCAGGACGAGCUGCGGCACAUCCAAGACCAGCUGCAGAGGGUCCAGGGCCAGGGCAUACAGAUGUUGCUGCAGCAGCAGGGCGGAGCAAUGAACGUGCAGCUCCCCCAGGUGGGCUCGGUCCAACAAACGACCGCUCUGACCAGUCAGGUCCAGCAAACGACAAUUAACCCCGUCCAUUCAGGAAACCAGCAGCUCACAAUCCAGCAGCAGGCUCCGCCCCCCCAGCAGAACCUUCAGCAGCAGCAGCAGCAGCAGACCAACGCCCUCACACAGCCCCAGCGUCCGUCCCAGCAACCCCCCCAGGCCCAGGCCCAGACCCAGACACAGACACAGACCCAGACCCAGACCCAGACCCAGGGCUCGGUAUCCGCUCCGCUGUACAACACCAUGAUGAUCUCCCAGCCAGGGCAGCCCAACGUGCUGCAGAUCAGCACCAGCCUGCCGCAGACCAACACCCAGCAAGGCACCGCAGUGGCCACCUUCACGCAGGAUCGACAGAUCCGGUUUCCAGCAGGGCAGCAGCUGGUGACCAAGCUUGUGACCGCUCCAAUGGCGUGCGGAGCGGUCAUGGUGCCCACCUCCAUGUUCAUGGGACAGGUGGUCACCGCGUACAACCCCUUUGGUGGGCAACAGCAGGGAGGGCCAACCCAGACUCUGACUCUUCAACCAGCCCAACCGCCCCAAGGUCAGCCCGACGGCCAGAACCAGACGACUGUAGUGGCUCAGGGUGGCCAGCAGGGGCAGCAGCAGCAACAGCAAUUCAUACAGGGCACUCAUCUUCUCCAUAGCAACCAGUCUACCCAGCUCAUUCUGCAGGCAGCUUUCCCACUCCAACAACAGGGCACAUUCGCGCAGGCAACACAGCAGCAGCAGCAGCAGCAACAGCAACAACAACAACAACAACAACAACAACAACAACAACAGCAGCAGCAGCAGCAGCAGCAGCAACGGCAACAGCAGCAGCAGCAGCAACAGCAGCAGCAGCAGCAGCAGCAAUCCCACCAUCAGAGGCACCAGCAGCAACUGAAACCGCAGCCCCAGAAACAGCAGAAAGCCCCGUCAUCGCACAGGACUGACAGCGUUAGCAGCCAACCGCAGUGAGGGGCGGGAGGAGAGCGUGUUCAGUCAGAGGACAGCGGGGACUUUAAGGGACUUUAAGGGACUGCUGCAUCCUUUUUGGUUGCGUGGCCGUCACAAACUUCCUUCUCCCCCCUCCCAUCCCUACAAAAUCGUUGUCCUCCCUUCCUCCAUCUGGAAGAAAGGAUUCAUAGGAAAGAGGAACGCCUGUGAGUCCACAAGGAACUCGAUUGUCACCGUGGCAACAGGAUGGAUUAAAAUCCCCCUUUCCUUUACCAGAGGUGAAGGUGUGAGGGAGCUCCGGUCUCUGUGGAAAACCGGUAACAACAUUUUUUUUUUUUAAGGUGUGUCAAAGAUGACUGACCUUGUACAGAUUUACUGUAUGAUACAAAAAACAAAACAACUUGUAAAUAUCCAAUAUAGCCUAACAGGAAACAGAAAUGUAGUAUUUUAUAUGAUUGCAUGGAAAGAAUAACUGUGUAAGCUUUUAUUAGCCGCUUUUGAGAAAUGAAUUUUUACUUUGUUCAAGUGUUUUCUGGUCAAAGAUGGAGCAACGAUGUGCUCUCUCAGUCUUCUCACCCCCCAACCCACCUUCCCUAAAAAACAACAACAACAACCCAAUAACAGUUCAGAAUAAGGCUUUAAAGUUCUGUCAGUUUGGUUGGGCUGGGGUUUUCUUCUUGUGGAAGUUGUGUUUUUGAACACUGU